AUGUCAGACGGAGUUCCGGCUCAUUAUUGGAAAAAUCUUCUCGCUAUCACAACGAAAGCUCAGGCGGAAAAUCCUGAUAAUACACCUGUAGCACCAAUGUCCGCAGAGAAUAAAGAAUGGCUUGAACAAGUUAUGAAAGAGUUGGUUAAUGAGACUGACCCAUUCAAACAGCUCGAUGGAGUUCUCAAAGGUCUCCACCAGUAUUCAUCAAGAAUUGCAACGGUCAAUGGAGCCGAAUUUGAUGAGAUUUUGAACUUAUGCGACAGACUCGACGAGCUCUUGGCGAUUGCGGAUUUAUCAAAAAUGUUUCUUAAUAAUGGUGGAAUUUUAAUUCUUGAAUCCAUGAUUUUUCAAACACGCAACGAAGAGGUUCGUCGAUCGUUCGCCCAAGUGAUUUUGACCUGGGCUGAAAAUAACGAAGUUGCGCAGAAUGGUAUAGUCGAAGCCGGAUUCUUGGAAAAACUUCUGAAUCUACUAUCAAAGGAUGAAGUCAAACAGCCACUUGCUUCGAGUCUCCUCAGUGCUAUAUCGGGAACAGUUCGCUCGAAUAUUGCCGCAUUUGACAAAUUCCGUGAGCUCAAGGGUCCCGAGCUUUUCUUGAAAAUCGUCGAAGAAAAGAAUUAUGUUCAAGUUUCGGCAAAAGCCGCUCGAGUAUUGACAUCUAUUUCAUACACAUUACAGGAUAGUCCGGCUCAUGCCAAGGCUCUCACCAAGACAAUUCUUAAAGUUUACGGUAUUCUUGUAUCAUACAAUCAACCGUUGGCGGAAUUGGAGUAUAUCAGGGAAUUCAUUCUCACAUACAUUGAGUGGAAUGACCUAGAUGAGCAGGAGCGUGAGCUGUUGCUGUUGAAGCUUGACGAAGAAAGUCGACGAGAUCUCGACGACACCAAUUCGACAAUGAUCGCAAAUCUACAAAAGAAAUUCGCUCCAUUGCGAACAGGCUAA